UGGCAUGUAAACAAUUUGUUCUAAAUUAAAGAGGCGAUAUUAAGGUGUGGUUGGAUAAAAAAAAGAUUAUAAAAAUGACCAAUUCUAAAAUUGUUAUAAUGUGUUUUAGUAGAUAUGAAGUGCGUGUUAUGUGAUUUUAGUGUGUAUGUGUUUUUGUUUGUAUUGUAAUUAGUUUAAAUGUCAAAAGGUUUAGGUUAUGCACCAGUGGUCAUACUAGAACUACCAAAACCCAUCUUUUUCUUGAAAUGAGCAAUUGGGCAGCUAGAAUGCAUCGGCGAGCUGCCACUUUUGGUAAUGUUGUCACCUCCUGUGGCCACCCUACAGGACCCUUUCCUCGCCGUCUUGAAAAAGUCAAAUUUGGCGUUCCUCUGGAAGAAGUCUGUAAGAAUGAUAUUCCGGGACCACUUUUGGUACUUAUAUUAAAACUCAACAAAGAAGCACCGUAUAGAAAAGAUGUGUUCAGAGCACCUGGUCACCAAGGAGCCAUGAAGAAACUGAUACAUUUUUUACAGACUGGAAGACUGGUCAAUAUGGACAAUUUCAGUGUGCAUACAAUAGCAAGUGUUCUAAAAAAGUUUCUUAGAAAAGUACCUGGUGGUGUGUUCGGUAGAGACAUUGAAAAUAAAUUUUUCCAAAUUGCAGAUGUUACGGAUUUUCGGCUACAACAAGAAGAAAUACAUAAAAUAAUCAUUUCAUUACCUUCAUACACUCAAAGACUGUUGGUGUUAUUGUUUGGUACAUUCAGGGUAAUAGCUUCAAAUAGUGAAAAGGCAGCUACUGGUAUGACAAGUGAAGCUUUAGGAGUAAGUGUUGCACCAAGUUUUUUUCAUUCAUGUGUUAGUGAUGGCAAGACUGCAAGAAUGGAAGAUGUUACAAAGUUUAAGGUUGCUUCGAGAGUAAUGAAACAUUUAAUAGAUGAAUUUGCGAGCUCUAAUCUCUUUGGAAGAGAGAAUUAUGAGUACUAUGCUAGAGUUACAGGACGUGUGUUAAGAAUACAAGGUGAAUGGAUCUGUUCAUUCCAGUAUCCGCCACCCCCAUCAAAUGGUUCUUUUCCUAAUGAAUAUACGGCGCUUGAAAGAUAUUUGCUUGGACAAAUGAAACUUGGUAACAAGAAGUGGCUUCAGUGCGAAUUCUAUGACCACUGGAAUAGUAGUUUCAAUUUGGAAGAAAUAACGUUUUCUGCUAUGUCACAAAUGGAUGAAUGUCAGUCAACACCAACUUUAUUAGAAGCUGGAAUAGAACCGCAAGUGAGCCUUAGUUCUUUAGGAAUUAUCGUCGGACACGAACUUCUUGAGUCUUGUACGCGGCUUUCGGUGUCAUUGGAACAAAAUGGUCUAUUUCAGAGUAAUGUUUCUCGGUCUUUGAGUGCAAGUCAAUCUUCAAGACUCAGUCAAAAUUAUUCAGGUUUAAAAAUGACGUUGGAGGAACUAAAAGCUGUUAACAAAUACGCAGAGAGUACAAGAAGCUUAAGUUAUUUAUUGCAAGUGCAUGAAAGACAAACGGAAAGAAUGAAAACUAGAUCUCAAUGGUUCCUGGGUCCUCAAGUAGAUUGUGCUGGUUGUUGCAGUUCUUUAGACUUACCCCUUAACGAAAUGGAUGUAUCCGCUUUGACUAACGCAUUUUUAAGAAAAUCCUCUUCUGGGACCAUAGUUGGCAUUGCCGGAUUAUCUAUAAGUGCAGAAUCUGUCCAGAAACGGCCAAGUGUUAAACGUACAAAUUCCAGAGAUAAAAGGCUUCUUCAUAGAUCGACUAGUAGACGAAAUAAGGAAAAUAAUCCACGUCAAAACAUCUAGACUUUUUUUAAAUUCCACAUUGAAAUUAUGUAUUGAAUCGUAUAUUUGUGGUUUAUGGAAUGAUAUAUUGAAUUUUAAGAUUUUUGUGUACCAUAUUUAUAUUAUAUGGAAAAAUGUCUGAAAUAUUAACUGGUUCUAUUUAAAACCAGCCCAACUAUCUGUGAUACUAGUUUAUAGAAAAUUGAUGUAUUAUUUAUAACUAUAUAUCUUUAAAUGCCAUUGUGUUCAAUGUCUAUUUCCUUGUUUCAAGAUUCUUUGAAAUAUAAAUCAACAUUUACAA